AUGCUAUUUGGUGAUUUGAAGCGUGCAAUCGAGGAUACAAUACUGAAACCUGAGACAAAUCGCCUUAGUGAAAUUGGUAAACGGACAACAAUUGCAGCACUUGAUUUGGUACAGGUUGAACAAAGUCACUCCAGCAAUGCCCCUAAUCUUCAAAAUGAAGCAUAUUUGGGUAGUAUUGGAACACUGAAUUCAUGCAGUCAAGAGCCAGCUUCAAGUCUCGCUGAAAGUGGUUAUACUACAUCUUCUACUACUUCCGAAAGUGUUGUGCAACCUGUGCAAUCAUUCUCGUCCAGCAAUUCUUUGGAUACCGUGGUGCUUCGUCAGUCUAUUUCUUGCCGCCCAUCUUUGGGCACUUCAAGACGUUCUAGUAGGGUCCUUCCUCAUUGUAGUCAAACAAAAAGGAAGAGGUCAAACUCUGUUUCUUCAUGUUUGAAUAAAAGUCGGCAUACGCGUCAGGGAACAUCAUCAGUUGUUGGCGUUAGCUGCACAUCUGCGGGUGGGGCAUCUGCUUUAUCACUACCUCCGACAGCUAGACAAACUCCUUUUCGGUUUGGAGACCUGGAGGACAAGUCUCAUUUUGAUUUAGCGGGGAAUGAGAAACUGUCUUCAGGAUUUCAUCUAGUUUCGCAAGAAGGUUCAUUUGCUACGGAUCCAUUUGGUGCAAGUCAGUUAGGGGAAGCUACUGAAUCUUUAAGGCUGGAGAAAUUAGCUCCCAACAACGAAUGCAAUUCUGUAGCUUUCAUUGAAAACAGUAUUUUUCAGGAUAACAUUGGGAUGAAACCGAACGCUCGGAAAUCCGAAAAUGAAAAAUUUCUUCGAGACGUGAAACUAAUAAGUAUGGGUACAAAAGAUGCUUUCGAUGGAUUUCGCCAGCAAGAGGGGUACGACUCUGACUGUGACGAAGAAAUGGAAUGUGAUUGA